AUGCGAUCCAUCGAGAUUCAUUUACCAGACAAUGUUACUCAAGAGCAGGCAUUAGACUAUAUUGAUGCUUUUAAUGAAGAUAAUUCUUUGCAUGGCGUCCUUAUCCAGUUGCCUGCUCCAAAGCAGAUCGAUCCAGAUGCUUUAGUGGAAUAUCUGAAACCUGAAAAAGAUGUUGAUGGUCUCCAUCCUUUAAACAUGGGCCUUCUUUCAAGAGGAAGUUCUAGAGCUAUCGUUCCUUGCACCCCUAAAGGGUGUUUAACUUUAAUUAAGGGUGUAGUAGAAGAAAGCUUACAGGGUUUAAAUGCUGUUGUGAUUGGGCGAUCUAAUUUGAUGGGCAAACCUAUGGCGCAGCUUCUCUUAAAAGAAGAUUGUACAGUGACCGUUGUACAUUCCAAAACUCAAAACCCAGAAGACACUAUACGCUCUGCGGAUAUUGUUAUUGCAGCAGCGGGGGUUCCUCAGUUGGUGACAGCAUCUUGGGUGCAAGAAGGGGCAAUUGUUAUUGAUGUUGGGAUUACGCGCCAGGAAACAAAAAAAGGCUCAACACGUUUAGUUGGUGAUGUUCAUUUUAAAGGCGUUUUGCCUAAGGUUCGUGCCAUUACACCCGUUCCAGGAGGGGUAGGGCCAAUGACGGUUUCAUCUCUUUUAGAAAACACUUUGGAAGCAUUUGAGAGAACCUUGAACAUCUAG